GGGCGGGGGGGGCACGUGACGCGGUACCUGCGGCCUAGCGCAGGUGAGCAGCUGCUGCCGCCUGAGGCCGGAGCCGGACAUCCCGGGGAGAGAGAGAGAGGGAGAGAGGGGCGGGGAGGAGAGGAGAGGAGCAGCGCCAUGGCCUCCACCGCCACCUCGACCAUCAACAUCCCCACCGCGUCCGUCAGCAAAACCAAGACCAAGAAGAAGCAUUUCGUGUCGCAGAAAGUGUCGGUGUUCAGGGCCGGGAACCCGCUCAUCAGCGUCUUCAUGUGGGGCGUCAACCACUCGGUGAAUGAGCUCAAUCACGUCCCAGUGCCUGUGAUGUUGCUGCCCGAUGACUUCAAAGCCAACUCGAAAAUCAAAGUCACCAACCACCUGUUUAAUAAGGAGAACCUGCCGAGCAACUUUAAGUUCAAGGAAUACUGUCCCCAGGUCUUCAGGAACCUGCGAGAGAGAUUCGGCAUCGACGACAUGGAUUACCAGGUGUCCCUGACCCGAAGUCCUCCGUACAAUGAAUGUGAGAGCCGCAACGGGAUGCUGUUCCUGAAGAGCUGUGAUGGGAACUUUGUCAUCAAGCAGAUCUCCAGUGAAGAUGUGGCAGACAUGCACGGCUUCCUGUCGGGCUACCACGAGUACAUCGUAAACUGUCACGGCAACUCGGUGCUGCCUCAGUUCCUGGGGAUGUACCGGCUGGGGGUGGACGGAGAGGAGACCUACAUGCUGGUGAUGAGAAACGUCUUCGGUCACAGGCUCACUGUGCACACGAAAUACGAUCUGAAGGGAUCUCUAGUUUCCCGGGAAGCCAGUGACAAGGAGAAGGGCAAAGAACUGCCAACCCUGAAGGAUGUGGACCUCCUACACCGGUGUCAGAAACUCUACAUCGACGACGAGCAGAAGAGGCUGUUCCUGGAGAAGCUGAAGCGAGAUGUGGAGUUCCUAGCUAAUCUGAAGAUCAUGGAUUACAGUUUGUUGCUGGGGAUUCACGACAUGCAGCGGGCCGAGCAGGAGGAGGAGCUGGAGCAGCACGCCGUGUCCAGCGAGACGGAGAACGGAGGCAACAUUUCGGUGAACCAGUUCAUCACCGUGCACUCCCCAGAUGCCGCGUUCAGCUUCCACAGCUUCCAAAAGUCUGCCGGCUCUGUGGAUUACGAGCCCUUCAUGGAUUGCUACGCCAUCAAGAGUGCAGAAGGAGCUCCCCAGCGAGCGGUGUACUUCAUGGGGCUGAUUGACAUCCUCACUCAAUACGAUGCCAAAAAGAAAGCAGCGCACGCAGCUAAAACAGUCAAGCACGGGGCCGGGGCAGAGAUCUCCACGGUGAACCCCGAGCAGUACGCCAAACGCUUCAUGGAUUUCAUCAGCAACGUCUUCGCCCCCUCGUCGCCAGGAGGGGCGCUGGGCAGCAGUCUGGGGUUUCACUUUGACUCCGGGCGAGGGGUCCAACAACCCGUGGCUCCCCGCCUGUUGGACUAAAACCGCUUUGCCUUCUAAAGGAGCCAGCGCCCGUGCCGAGAGGGGAGCCGGAAAACCUUCCGCGGAGGCGGCGAACCUCGGCGUAACCUCGGCCGGCUCUCCACAUUAGCCGUGAAAUCUCAAAAAGAAUAAUCCAAAGACUCUACAUAAUGGGUUUGCGUGUUUGGGGGAGGGGAGCGCGGAGGGAGGGAGGGAGGAGGG